CGGUAACGGUCGGUGCGGGUUCAAAUGAGCCGCGGCCGGGCCGGGCCCCGCCGGGACUCGCUCUGAGCCGGGCCGGGACUGGGGCCGCCCCGCUCGGGCUCGGCGACCAGGAGGCGGAGGCAGGGGAGAGCAGGAUGACGGUGCUGCAGGAACCCGUCCAGGCUGCUAUCUGGCAAGCACUGAACCACUACGCGUAUCGUGAUGCUGUGUUCCUCGCAGAAAGGUUAUAUGCAGAAGUACACUCAGAAGAAGCACUGUUUUUACUGGCAACGUGUUACUACCGCUCAGGAAAGGCCUAUAAAGCUUACAGGCUCCUAAAGGGACACAGCUGUACCACCCCACAGUGUAAAUACCUGCUUGCAAAAUGUUGUGUGGACCUCAGCAAGCUUGCAGAAGGAGAGCAGAUCUUGUCUGGUGGAGUGUUGAAUAAACAGAAAAGCCAUGAUGACAUUGUUAUGGAGUUUGGUGACUCUGCAUGCUUUACACUCUCCUUACUGGGACAUGUCUACUGCAAGACAGACCGGCUUGCCAAAGGAUCAGAAUGUUACCAAAAGAGCCUUAGUUUAAAUCCUUUCCUUUGGUCCCCUUUUGAAUCACUAUGUGAAAUAGGUGAAAAGCCAGACCCUGACCAAACAUUUAAAUUAACAUCCUUACAGAACUUCAGCAGCUGUCUGCCCAACACUUGCACAACGUUGGUGUCUAAUCACAACAUAUCCCACAGACAGCCUGAGACUGUCCUCAUGGAGACACCCCAGGACACAAUUGAGUUGAACAGAAUCAACCUAGAAUCCUCCAAUUCAAAGUAUUCCUCUUUGAAUUCGGAUUCCUCCAUGUCUUACAUUGACUCUGCUGUGAUUUCCUCGGAUUCUGUCCCUCUGGGGUCAGGAACUGCCAUAUUGUCCAAACAGGCUCAAAAUAAACCAAAAACUGGACGGAGUUUACUGGGGGGACCUGCAGCUUUGAGCCCACUAACUCCAAGCUUUGGAAUUUUGCCACUAGAAACCCCAAGCCCUGGAGAUGGGUCCUAUUUACAGAAUUACACCAACUCUUCCUCUGUAAUCGAUGUGCCAUCCACCGGAGCACCUUCAAAGAAGAAACUCUGUGUUGUGCAGACUGUCAGCAGGAUCAGCCAGGCUGGAACAAAAUCCGUCUUCUCGCAGAGUGGGAAUAGCCGGGAAGUCACUCCAAUUCUUGUUGCACAGACACAGAGCUCUGGUCCACAGACAAGUACAACACCUCAGGUAUUGAGCCCAACCAUUGCUGCUCCACCCAACGCGCUGCCUCGACGAAGCUCUCGCCUGUUUACCAGUGAUAGUUCUACAACCAAGGAAAAUAGCAAAAAAUUAAAAAUGAAGUUUCCACCUAAGAUUCCAAACAGAAAAACAAAAAGUAAAACAAAUAAGGGAGGAAUAACACAACCAAACUUAAAUGAUAGUUUGGAAAUUACCAAACUGGACUCUUCCAUCAUUUCAGAAGGGAAAAUUUCCACUGUUGCACCACAAAUCCAAGCUUUCACGCUACAGAAAGCAGCAGCAGAAGGUUUGAUGAGCCUUCUCCGGGACAUGGGGAAAGGUUAUUUAGCCUUGUGCUCAUACAACUGCAAAGAAGCCAUCAAUAUUUUGAGCCAUUUGCCAUCCCAUCACUACAACACAGGCUGGGUGCUGUGCCAAAUUGGGAGAGCUUACUUUGAGCUGGCAGAGUACAUGCAGGCUGAGAGAAUUUUUUCAGAAGUGAGAAGGAUUGAAAACUACAGAGUAGAAGGCAUGGAGAUCUAUUCAACCACACUCUGGCAUCUGCAGAAAGAUGUUGCCCUUUCAGUUCUUUCCAAGGAUUUGACAGACAUGGAUAAAAACUCACCGGAGGCCUGGUGUGCUGCAGGAAACUGCUUCAGCUUGCAAAGGGAGCACGACAUUGCCAUCAAGUUCUUCCAGAGGGCCAUCCAGGUGGAUCCAAACUAUGCCUAUGCUUACACCCUGCUGGGCCACGAGUUUGUGCUGACAGAAGAACUGGACAAAGCAUUGGCCUGUUUUAGAAAUGCCAUCAGGGUCAACCCCCGGCACUACAACGCCUGGUAUGGGUUGGGAAUGAUUUAUUACAAACAGGAGAAAUUCAGUCUGGCAGAAAUGCAUUUCCAGAAAGCACUUGAUAUCAACCCUCAGAGCUCAGUCUUACUGUGUCACAUUGGAGUAGUCCAACAUGCACUGAAAAAAUCUGAGAAGGCUUUGGACACUUUGAACAAAGCGAUCAACAUCGACCCCAAGAACCCACUAUGCAAAUUCCAUAGAGCCUCGGUGUUAUUUGCAAAUGAGAAGUACAAGUCGGCUUUACAAGAACUUGAAGAACUGAAACAGAUUGUUCCCAAAGAGUCUCUUGUUUACUUUUUAAUAGGAAAGGUUUAUAAAAAACUGGGUCAGACACAUCUGGCCCUAAUGAAUUUCUCCUGGGCAAUGGACCUGGAUCCCAAAGGAGCCAACAACCAGAUCAAGGAGGCCAUUGACAAGCGUUACCUCCCCGAUGACGAGGAGCCCAUCACCCGCGAGGAGCAGAUCAGUGAAUGUUACCCCUAUGAGUCAGUGGGCACGGACGAGUCCCAGGAGAGCAGCAUGACGGACGCGGAUGACACGCAGCUCCAUGCCGUGGAAAGUGAUGAAUUUUAACCUCCAAGAGCCAGUGUCUGAGCUUAAGUGUGUGUGACUGGUACUGUCGUGUUCUCCCCUUCCUUGGCAUCCUGGGUUCCACAUCUCUGAGCCAGCACUGUUGUUGUUCUCCACUGACACCACGAGUGCACCUCAGACCUGAACUGUACCAGAGUUCAUGGCAGUGCAAUAUCCAGCUGCUGCUGAGUCUGACUAGUUGGCUCUUACACACUUAUGGAAAUGACUGAGGAGAAAAUGCUGGUUUUGGACUCCCCCCUUGCUGGAAAAAAAUAUCAUGGAAGACAGACUUGGUUUGCUGUAUGGAAGCCAGUAGAUGUGGGGAUAGUACUAAUGACGAGGUGUCUUGUUCUUUUUCCAGAAAUGUGUCUUAGUUUGGGUCUUCCUUGGUAAGCAGAGUGCUGAACCUCAUUUCCCAGUUCUCCAAGGACAGUGUUGACAAACAGGCUGUUCAAGACUUUUGCAUAUUGUAGUGUAACUUAAAUGCCAGGGAGUGUCAAUGACCUUAAAGCUCCAGUGUCUCCAGUGAGCAACCAGGACUGGGUGCGUGUCAGGCCACGUGAAACACCCCUGUCCCUGCCUAGAGUGCAGCUGCAGGAGAAUCACAUUGCAGGAUCAGAGCUUUCAUCAAACGCUUUCAUGUUCUAACCAUGAAUUAAUUUAUUCACCUGGUUUUGGAAAGGUCAGUGUUUACUUUGUAUUUCAGUCAGCACCACCUUGCUUCAUUUUUCAUGCACCCCUUGACUUGUUCUUCCCCUUUGAAGAAUAAAAGUUAAUAAAGGGCAAAAUCAAGAGAGAAAUGUAGAUACAAGUGUAAUGUGAAACAUCAAACCCUUAAUCCUGUGAGAGUGGGAAGACUGGAAGCCUUAAUACAAUCAGAACCUUGGUCAAAUGCAUCAAAUAAUUGUCUCAGAUCAGUAUCUCCUUAGGUCUGUGAUCACUUUGAAAACUAUAUUGUAAAGUGUGGUCCAAGCAGGAUGCAAAAAUGUGCAAUUAUCUGUCUUUUUCCUUAUUUUUUUAAGCUGUUCUUUCAGUUUCCCAUUCUAGGAACAUUUUCCUCCAGGGUCUGUUUCUGAGAGGAGAAAGCUGUGCCACAUUAGUGAGUCCAAACUGCUCUCUGUAGCAUUCUGCAGCAGCAAUUGGUGCCCUUUGUGCAGUGAUGAUAAAGCAAGUGUAUGAUACAAGAAGUUUUAAAGCGCAAUUUAUGCCUAAUAAAUUGGGAAUGAUACAAAUUUCAUAGCAAUGUAUUUGUUGUGGUCAGUCUUAAUGUUUUGGUUUUUUUUUUCUUUUUUUUUUACUCUAUUGGUUUUUAGGGGUCUCUUAGUUUCCUUUACACUUCAAUUUCUUUUGAAUUCUGUCCUUGUCCACUUGGCACCUCCCCUGUCCCGGCUUCUCUCUGGUCAAGAGCCACAGGGACACCUUUAUCCUUUGAAAAAUCAUCCCCGAGUUCUGAGUGAAAAUAGAAUUCUGUGGCUCGGUGGGUUUUUUUGAAGUAGGAGGAUGGGCAGUGAAGAACAGGCUUCAAUUCCCCUCAUAGGGUAAAAAAACCCCUCUAAAAUCUGAGGAAUUAAAAGGGAUGAAAUUUUUGCCUCUGCUACGCACUUGUGAUCAGCUGGGUCUGGAAGGUGAUGGAUUGACUGGGAGAUCAUGGCAUGUUUGGGCUGGAUUGGGGGAUCUCACACGGAUUCCUGUGGCUGAGGUGUUCUGGGGUGAUUCCCCUUUCCUGGAGAGUCUUCCCUGGGACUGAUCUGCACCUCGGGCAGAGCUCCCAGGCCCUGCUCCUGAGGUUGCUGUGUCUCUCCUGGUGUGGUUUUCCCAUCUAGCUCCAGCUUGUGGCAGCUUCCCAGCACAUCCCUCGCAUGGAGGAGUCUCUGAGCAGCACCUCCUGGUAAGGUCUGCAGGCAGCACUUGUGGAAUGCCACUAAUUGCCAUGUUAAUUGGCUUCCUUUUGGUUCCCAGCAUAUUUUCUAAACAAAAGCAGGAGGAAGCAGGUGCUAUUUAUUUUUCCAUAACAAAUGUUGUUCAUGUGGGGACCAGAGAUCCAGGAAUUGAAGGGGCUUUUUUCCUUUUCCUUUGUUCCCUGAAAACCACAGUAAAACUCUCAGCCCCUGGGAAAAAGCUCUUAACUCAGCUGGGCUGUUCAAAGGAUGUUUGUGCUAUUUGGGAGACUUAAUACAUAAAAGCAUUCCUGGCUUUAUAUGUUCAUCCCACCUUAAAGGUGUUUUCUUUUUUUCCCAAGAAUCCAGGGUCACAUUUAGCCCAUGCUGCUAUUUUACGUUCUAAGGAGAAACACAAAAUUAGUAUUGGAGGACUAAAAUUUGGCUCUUUGAGGAAGGACAGAGAGGAGGAGGCCAAGCAUGGAGGCACUGGCAGGCAGGUGAGAGCAAGUGUUCACUGACGAGAAUUAGGGAACUGUCAUUUUGUUACAACAAAACUAUGGAAGAAUGCAAAGUGUGGGUAUGGUGUUACUAUUUGCAUUGAAACAAUGUAAUUUGUCUUUUUUUUCCUUUUCUUGAUUUUUUUUUUUUUUUUAAUUUCAAAAAUUGUACAGUCCUAGGGGAAAAAAAGUCUUUUCUGUUAAUAUAUUUGCAAUUCAUGAAAGGAUGUGGAAAAUCCAAAUAAAUUACUUUUAAAAGCA